UGUAAACUUUGGUGCACACGUUCUGCCGGCUCGGGGCGUUUUUGCGCUGCCUAAAUUGAACUCCUGCGAGGCUCCGCGCUCAGAGAGCAGCUCGCGGGCUGCGGCGAUCUGUCUCUUUAAGUUGGUGUCAAAGCCGAUUAGCGCUGAUGUCCGCCGUGAUUCUGUUUUUACCGUCUGUUGACUGAGUCUAUUUCUGUGUGCUGUUGUUGGCGGUACUACACACCGUCGUUUUCCUCAUUUUUUUAACCACCUGGACAAAAACACACUGGCUUGCUAGGUCAUGUCCGAACUUUGCAGCAUGGAGAUGUGUUGAAGCGGUGCUGCUUUUCAACGGUUCAGCUUGACGGGGCAGAUCACACUGGAGCCUGUAUUUGACAGUCUGGUAAGAGUGAUGCACUCUUCAACUUUUUAUGCCAUGGCAAGCCUGGAUUACCUUUUUCUGCAGAUGAGAUGUUAACCACUUUCUCUUCAGUAUCCAUCCGGUAAAGAUAACGGUAGCGAUAUCGAGGAUCCGUGAUGUGAUACAUAUGUUUGCUCUUUGAAGUUGGGAUCAAAAUAAGAACAGGACUCAGUGUAAACAUAAUGCAGAAGAGCGUGCGGUACAAUGAGGGCCACGCUCUGUAUCUGUCAGUGGUUGCGCGCAAAGAGGGGACCAAGCGCGGCUAUCUGAGCAAGAAGACCACAGAGAACAGCCGCUGGGCUGAGAAGUACUUCGCCCUCUACCAGAAUGUGCUCUUCUACUUCGAGAACGACCAGAGCGCAAGGCCCUCAGGUAUAUACCUGCUGGAGGGAUGCACGUGCGAGAGGGCACCGGCGCCCAAAGUGUCCGCCAUCAGCAAGGAUGCCAUUGAGAAGCAGCAGUACUACUUCAUGGUCAAUUUUGGCCACGAUGGGCAGAAACCUCUAGAGAUGCGAGCAGAGGAUGAGUUGGACUGCAACGAAUGGGUGGAGGGCAUCCAGCAGGCCAGCUACUCUGACAUCAUCAUUGAACGUGACAUCCUGAUGCAGAAGUACAUCCAUCUGGUCCAGAUCAUGGAGACUGAGAAGGUUGCAGCCAAUCAGCUUCGUACUCAGCUGGAGGACCAGGACACAGAGAUUGAGAGGCUCAAAGCUGAGAUUACAGUAUUGAACAAAGCCAAGGAAAGGAUGCAGCCAUACCAGAACAACCAAGAUGAGGAAGACCCUGAUAUUAAAAAAAUUAAAAUGGUGCAGAGUUUCAUGCGUGGCUGGCUGUGUCGGAGGAAGUGGAAAAUCAUUGUCCAGGACUAUAUCUGCUCCCCUCACGCUGAGAGCAUGAGGAAGAGGAACCAUAUUGUGUUCAACAUGGUGGAAGCAGAGACAGAAUACGUGCACCAGCUUUCCAUCCUGGUGAAUUGCUUCCUUAGGCCGCUCCGCAUGGCCGCCAGUUCCAAGAAACCUCCCAUUCGCCAUGAUGAUGUUAGCAGCAUCUUCCUCAACAGUGAGACCAUCAUGUUUCUGCAUGAAAUCUUCCAUCAAGGCCUGAAGGCCCGAAUUGCCAACUGGCCCACUCUAGUUCUGGCGGACCUGUUUGACAUUCUACUGCCCAUGCUGAACAUUUACCAGGAGUUUGUGCGUAACCACCAGUACAGUCUUCAAGUGCUGGCAAACUGUAAACAGAACAGAGACUUUGACAAGCUGCUGAAACAGUAUGAAUCCAACGCAGCCUGUGAGGGUCGGAUGCUGGAGACAUUCCUCACUUAUCCAAUGCUCCAGAUUCCCCGUUACAUCAGAACUCUCCACGAGCUGCUGGCGCACACACCUCAUGAGCAUGUGGAGCGCAAGAGUCUGGAGUUUGCCAAAUCCAAACUGGAGGAACUGUCAAAGAUGAUACAUGAUGAAGUCAGCGACACAGAGAACAUCAGGAAGAAUCUGGCCAUUGAAAGGAUGAUUGUAGAGGGCUGUGACAUCCUUUUAGACACAAGUCAAACUUUCGUCAGACAAGGUUCUCUCAUCCAUUUACCAUCCAGCAGUGAACGGGGUGUUCUCAGUAAGGUGCGCCUGGGCUCUCUCUCACUGAAGAAGGAAGGAGAGAGACAAUGUUUUCUCUUCACCAAACACUUCCUCAUCUGUACCCGAACAUCGGGAGGGAAGCUUCACUUGCUCAAGCAGGGAGGAAUGUUGUCCCUGAUCGAGUGUACUCUGAUUGAGGAACUGGAUGCCACUGAUGAAGACUCAAGUCAAGGAUUUAACCAUCUGGAGUUUAAAAUUGUGGUUGAGCCUCCUGACGGUCAGUCCUUCUCCAUUGUUCUCCUGGCUCCUUCCCGCCAGGAGAAAGCUGCCUGGACAAGUGAUAUCAGCCAGUGCAUUGAUAAUAUCCGAUGCAACGGCCUGAUGACAAGCGUGUUUGAGGAAAAUUCCAAAGUUUCUGUGCCACACAUGAUCAAGUCUGAUGCUCGACUGCAUAAAGACGAUGUCGACAUUUGCUUCUCGAAAACGCUCAACUCCUGCAAAGUCCCGCAGAUCCGAUACGCCAGUGUGGAGCGCUUGCUAGAGCGUCUGACAGACCUGCGCUUCCUCUCCAUAGAUUUCCUCAACACAUUCCUCCACACUUAUAGGAUCUUCACCACAGCUACUGUGGUCAUCGACAAGCUGGCUGACAUCUAUAAGAAGCCGUUCACCUCCAUACCUGUAAGGAUUGAGCAACAUUCAUGUGACCGUCUGUCCAUCAUGUCACUCUGUCCUGACUACAGUCUGAAGAUCACACAGCUUGCACUGGACCAGUCCAAAUCCCUGGAGCUCUUCUUUGCAACCAACCAGGGCAUGUGGGGAACUGACCCUUUGAACAACAAAUCCCCAAGGCUGUGCCGCAAGUUUUCCUCUCCUCCUCCUCUAUCCAUCCCCUCUCGUACCGGUUCCCCUGUGCAUUGCCGAAAGCUCUCCCUGAACUCCCCUAUCAGUGUGAAAACAGGAGCCCUAGACCUGUCCACCACCCGUUCCUCUUCUGCAGCCAACUCCCCAACCUCUAGUCACAGCCCAUCCAUCGCCUCUCCUCCACCUGGCUCUACCAGGGCGCCCUCUGGCUUUUCCUCCCCUCCACCCACCGCCACAAGGUCUCCUAGCCUCCCCCAGGCCUCUGGGGUAUCCUCGCCACCCCCUGUCUCCACCAAGGCACCGCUGGAUCUCAGCCGUGGUCCUAGUUCCCCAGAGCUGAGUCCAGCUGCAGGGGAGGAUGCCAGUGGAGAGCUGCCUCGCAUUGAUGCCUUCUGUGGGAAGCUGAGGCGCAGCUUCCGGAGGGCUGUCCUGGAAUCAGUAUCCUUGGACAAAUUCAUUCCUGAGUCACCAGCUACCAGUGAGCCAGGUGACACGUCCCCCUGCCGCUCGCCUUCAACACCGAGGCAUCUCCGCUACCGUCAGUCGGGAGUUACAUCAGGGGAGACCUCUCGCUGCUCUAUGUCACCAGCUUCAGCUUUUGCAAUUGCCACUGCUGCUGCUGGGCAUAGCAGCUCCCAGGGUUUUAACAAUUCUGAGAAAGCCUGUGACAAAGAAUUCAUCAUCCGCAGAGCUGCUACUAACAGAGUUCUCAAUGUGCUGCGCCACUGGGUUUCUAAGCAUUCCCAGGACUUUGAAAUGAACAGUGAGCUGAAGGUGGCCGUGAUCAGUCUACUGGAAGAGGUGUUGCGAGAUCCAGAUCUGCUGCCGCAAGAGAGGAAAGCUACAACAAACAUAUUAAGUGCACUUUCUCAAGAAGAACAAGAUGAUGCUCAGCUCAGAAUGGAGGACAUAUUACAAAUGAAGAGCUGCCCGCUUCUACACUUCAUUGUGGCGGAGAGUCCUAAAUCAGAGUGUUUUGAGUCCCUCUCAGCCAUAGAACUAGCAGAACAGAUCACCCUGCUGGAUCACAUUGUAUUCAGGAGUAUUCCUUAUGAGGAGUUCCUAGGUCAGGGCUUUAUGAAGCUGGAUAAAACAGAGAGGACUCCAUACAUCAUGAAGACCACCCAGCACUUUAAUGAUAUGAGCAACCUGGUAGCGUCUCAGAUAAUGACCCAUACUGAUGUGGCCUCCAGAGCCAGCUCUAUUGAGAAGUGGCUGGCAGUGGCUGACAUCUGUCGCUGCCUCAAUAACUACAACGGAGUACUGGAGAUCAAUGCUGCACUCGAAGGCAGUGCCAUCUACAGGCUUAAAAAGACCUGGGCAAAAGUCUGCAAACAGACAAAGGGACUGAGGGACAGACUUCAGAAGAUUGUGUCAUCAGAGGGACGGUUCAAGAACCUCAGAGAGACACUGAAAAACUGUAAUCCGCCAUGUGUCCCUUACCUGGGCAUGUACCUCACCGACCUGGCCUGCAUUGAGGAGGGGACACCCAACUUUACAGAGCAGGGCCUUGUUAACUUCUCUAAGAUGAGGAUGAUUUCUCAUAUCAUCCGGGAGAUCCGUCAGUUCCAGCAAACACCGUACAGGAUAGAGCACCAACCAAAGGUGACUCAGUUCCUGCUGGAUAAAAGCCUAGUGAUUGAUGAAGAUACCCUUUAUGAACUCUCACUCAAGAUUGAACCCCGACUGCCACCUGGCUAAUUGCAUCUUAUAAACAGACAUAUAUAUACAAUUUGUAGCUCAGAGCAACACAUUCAUUCAUUCAUUACACAGCAGGGGUUGUUACAUAGAAUCCCAUCAAUAACUGCGCUUGGGAAACUCAGGAGAAAAUGUGCCUUACUGAAGUGUAUAUUUAGUGAGCAGACUAUAAAACAGUGGUAGAGUUCUGUUACCUAUUCAAAGUAGCGUGGCGCUACAAAGUAACCAGUUGCUGCUAUCAUGCGGAAAAUACAAAAUAAUCUGCCUCUGUAGUAUUUUACAUAAACAUUUUAAGAUGAGCUCUACAUUAUUUGCACUAUCAUGGCCAGAUUUACUGCUUAGGAGGCCUGAUUCAGCUGACCCCUGAUUCACUAGCUCUCUGUGCAUUAUGUGUGUAGUAAGACCCCAUGUUUUUGCUGUGGUAGUGUCCAAGGGUCCCCACAAUUUACACGAUUUGUAAAGAAACAUUGUAGCUCCAUAUUUAAAAGCUGUUGAAGAGCAGCACUUAAACAGUUUAAUUGCUUCAUAUCUCCACUGUUAUAAUAAUAAGAAGAAGAACAACAAUAAUAACUAGAAAGCGAAAAUUUCAGAAGAAAUUUUAUGUGUGCCUAUGCCGCUGCUAAUCACUGUAGUUUGCC